CCAUAAGAUUUUCAAUUUUCAUUUGUUGUUUUUCUGUUUAUUGUUCUGUGGUGCGAUGCAGAAGUGAAAUAGAAAAAAUUGAGACGAAUUUUUGUAAUUCGACCAUGGACUUUGACUUUGAUCUGGAUGAAGACAGGAUCAACAGUUUUCUUCUAAACAAAUUGGAGGAAAUAAAGGCUAAAAAUGAAAAACUGGGCGUUACGUUGCAGGAUCGACGGCAAUUUUUGCAUGGAAUAGCAGAAAGCCUUAACACGGAGAUGGACGAGACUAAUAUAAAAAUUAGCCCGCAACCCUGGAAGAAAAUAUUUAACAAUAAAUAUGUCCUGGGAGUCACAAUAGAAAAUAACGAUUCCAGAAGUUUGUGCAACCUGAAAGCGAUAUUGAAAUGGGAUUCGCCCUCUCCGUUAUCCUACCAGGUAUUUUUGUACGAAGAAAGCAGUGUGCCUUAUUUAAAAACACUAACAAGUCCUACUUUUCUAUGCCACAAGGAAAAUUGCAAUGGAAUCACGAAUUCUUUGAAAAAAUCUGAUAAAGUGGAUAAAAUUGCUCAUAUAAUUGUGACCCUACAACUUCCCAAAUUUAUCGAGGCGCUGUCUUAUAGUAUCACAGGGAAUUUGAUAUUUCAACGGGAGGAGAAAAGUUUAACCCUAGUUUUUCCUGCAGUUGAAAUUUCUGCUUACGAUGCUACAAUUCAUGAUUUGCACAAUUGUUCAUUGUUGAAUGGAGACACUAAAAAUAUCGUAACAGCAGUUUCGAGUAGCGAAGAAACUAACUUAGUACUGAUUUUACCUCAAGAGUGGCCCAAUUCCUUCGAUAGCACUUUCGAAAUUUUAUGUUCUCUCAGCAAGGUUCAAAUUGCAGCAAGUUGUCGAAAAGCAUUCGUUGCCCAUAAAUUAUCGCCGCAAUUUGAUGAUUCUUUGCUGAUAUUUCACGCACCUAAAGAAGCUAACGCACGUGCCUACAAUGUGGUCAUAUACUCCAGAAAUAUGGAUAGUUUGAUGUCCCUUCUUCACCACUUGCAUCAAAAUAUCCCUGGGGUUUUGAUAAUACCAGAGAGAUUGUACGAAAAUUACGAACUUCAGCACCCAGAACGGAUAUCCGUAGAAGAAGAAACGUCAAAAUUAAAGGAGUGUGUAAAGAGAGAAAUAAAUUGCGUGAUGAAUUUUUUACGCGAAUCGCAAGGAACGAAAGAUCCAGACAAAAAUGAGUUUCACCAAAAAUUCGCUGAAAGGCAACUAGAGACAAAUACACAUUAUCUAAGACUACUAAAAGCCACUUCUCAGUCAUCAGAUGAUUGAUGUGAUGUGGAGAGUGAAAAGGUGUGUCGCAGAGAACCUUUUGCUUUAUUUUGUAACAAAGAAUGCCUCCUAAAAUAAAUCAUAAGGUGUGUAGAUUAGGCAUUAGGCUGUUAAAUUCUUCAGUACUUGUUCAAAAUUAAAACGUAUUUUUUUUUAAUUUCUGUACUGUAAUAAAUAAAUGUGUUAAUAUCUG